GAUGGAGAGAGAAAGGGAACAAGAAAGGGAACGCAUCGUUCUGUCGCACCACUCCUAGAGAGCCUGGAGACGCUCUCACACUGUCUGUCUCGUGUUCCAGCUCAGGGCUUCUGCAGGGACACACACACACGCAUGAGCACAGAGCCACACACAAUACACACACCGCAGACGUGUCGUCACUGCCACUCCUGGAUAUAGCGGAGCGGGAGCGCCUGCGAGGAGAAACAGCGGUGGAAGCGGCUAACGUUAAGUUGAAGCAGGAGGCCCAGCCGUUGCACCUGGCCUCUCACACAGCCCACCAUGUCAAUCGCUGCCGCCUCCUAGAGGACAAGAACAGAGCUCUUAAACUAGAGUUAGCAGCACUCAGACAGUUUAAACAGCAGCACCGAUUCCUGGAGUCUGAGGUCAACGAGCGGAGGAAAAGGUGUCAGGUCCUUGAGAGAGAAGUGAAGAACAAGACGUUAGCAUGUAAGACUUUGAAGAAUGAGCUUCAGGAUGCUUUGCUGGAGAGAAAACGGCUCAAUCGUGAGCUGCUUAGUCACAUCUUGAAGGCCACAGAAUACGAGAAGGUGAAGUCAGACUAUGAGCAGCUCAAAAAGGCUUUUGGUUGUGUGAGUCAAGAGAGAGACUUGGCCAGGCAGGAGAAGGCUCAGCUCCAAGACAAACUGGAGAAUCUUGAGCAGGUCCUGAAGCAUAUGCGAGAGGCUGCGGAUCGACGGCAGCAACUGGAGGCAGAGCAUGAGCAGGCCCUGGCUUUCCUCAACUCCAGACAGCAGGAGAUCAACCUUCUGCAGAAGGUUCAGGCUGAAGCUGAGAAAGAGCGAGAAGAAGUGGUGCAUCUGCUAGAGAGCCAUAUGGACAAAAUGCAGGUCAAGGUUCAUGACUUAGAGCAGAAAUGCCGGGCACAGAGUGAGCAGUGCAAUAUUUUGUCGAAAGAGCUGGAGAAAUAUCACCUGGGGUCAGACGCCGAGGAUACACUCAACACUGACUCACAGGAGAAAAACUUGUGCAACAGUUACAACAGCCUGCAGCGCCAGGCAGAAAAAAGUGAUGAGAGAUCUGACGGAUCUCCACUGGUCUCAGAACUGCCCAUAGUACAGCAACACAAGAGAGACAAACCAGAGCAGCUGACGGUCAAACCCACUGUCCAAACCCGGAGUCGCUCCAGCAGCCCCAUGCAAGCAUCCCUCUCAGAGAUGGAUGAUGAGGUGAGGCCACCUUCGAGGUCCAAAACGAGAUACACAGGCCAGGUCCGUCUUUGCACUGCCCGCUACAGUUAUAAUCCCUACGAUGGACCUAAUGAACAUCCCGAAGCAGAGCUCCCCCUUGUGGCAGGGAAGUAUUUGUACGUAUAUGGUAACAUGGACGAUGAUGGAUUUUAUGAAGGGGAGCUGCUGGAUGGCCAGCGUGGCCUGGUUCCCUCGAAUUUUGUGGAGUUUGUCCAGGACAAGGAAAAGCUUUCUAUUGAAGGGGUAGAGGAGCAGGGCAGGCUGGAGCAGAGCUGUCUUAGUCUGACUACCAUAGAUGGAGGCGGUCCGCUGGAUAGCAUUAGCAGUGAUGUCCUCGACCACUGCAGUAAUGGGACAGGGGCUUUAGAUGGAGAGGAACUGGGAGAAGACAUUGUGCCUUACCCUAGGAAGAUCAACCUGAUCAAACAGCUGGCAAGAAGUGUGAUAGUGGCCUGGGAGGCACCCAUGGUGCCCCUCGGCUGGGGAAACAUCAAUGGCUACAAUAUUUUAGUGGAGGGGGAAGUACGUUCUUCUGUGCCGUUUGGGGGCAGGACCAAACUGCUUCUUGAGAAGCUAGAUCUGGCUGCCUUCACCUACCGUGUGUCAGUACAGAGUGUGACGGACAGGGGGCUCUCCGAUGAGUUGCGCUGCACCUUGCUGGUGGGCCGAAAUGUUGUGGUGGCCCCCACCGGCCUGCGCAUGGACGAUAUCUUACGUGACUCUGCUGAACUUUCCUGGCUGCCCAGUAAUAGUAACUACGCCCAUGUUGUGUACUUAGAUGGUGUGGAGCAUGCUGUGGUUAAGCCAUGUUCUUACAAACUGCGUUUUGUGAACCUGAAAGCUGCCACUGUGUACAAGGUAAAAGUGUUGGCCAAACCUCACCAGGUGCCCUGGCACAUGCCCCUGGAGCAGAGAGAGAAGAGAGAGGCUGGGGUGGAAUUCUGCACUCAGGCGGCAGGACCCCCUCUGCCUCCGCAAGAAGUUCAAGUCCAGUGUGGACAUGCCCCAGGGAUCCUCCAAGUCCGUUGGAAGCCCCCUGCAAUGUCACCAAUAGGAAUGUCCAAUGGUGCAAAUAUUAUUGGCUACGCAGUGUGCACUAAGGGUCAGAGGAUCGCUGAGGUGUUAUAUCCAAUGGCAGACUAUGUGGCAGUAGAGCUGAACCGUCUCCAGUGUUUGGAGGCACGUGAGGUUAUCGUCAGGACUUUAUCAGCACAAGGAGAAUCUCAAGACUCCCACGUCGCCGUCAUUCCAAACCACCUGCUGGUGCCUCUUUCUAAAACCCUUCCUCUUCCUCAUCGCAUGCAGCCCCCUCUCCCAACCCAGCAGUCCCAUACGAUGCCACACCAUCCUCAAAUCCUUCCCCGUCACACUGGACCCCAACCACCAACCCAUCUUCAGCCCCUUCCCAUUUGCCCCAACCAGCCCCCAGCUCACCUUCAUCCACACCGCAUGCCUCAUCCCACACAGCCCUCUCCACCGCACCUCCAGCCUUUACUAGCACAUCCUAUCCCUCAACCCCAGCCAUCUAUACCAAUGCCCCAGCCUCAGUCAUCCAUGCCCAUGCCCCAAUCCCAGCCACCCAUGCCUAUGCCUCAACCCCAGCAGCCUAUGACUAUGCCCCAACCCCAGCCACCCAUUCCCAUGCUGCAACCCCAGCCAGCUAUCCCGAUGCCCCAGCCUCACAUUCCCCAACUGCCCCUUCCCCAACCCCAAAGACCACUAAGUGCCAGAGAGCUGGAAACCAAAGAGCCAGGGCCGGGAAUGCUUCAUCAUGGAGGGGGCCCACCUCAGCCAUGGGAGCCUGGUUGCUCCCCAUCAGGCAUUCCCACAGGCAUGCCACACGGACACACAUUGGAGGCCCCGGCCUGCCCAAAUCGGCGCUCCCCAUCCCCUCAAAGGAUUCUCCCCCAGCCAAGGGGAACACUCAUUCCUGACACUGUGGCCAAGGCUAUUGCCAGAGAGGCUGCCCAGAGAGUGGCUGCAGAGAGUGGUCGGAUGGAGAGGAGAAGCCAAGGCUUUCACUCUCAAAAUUCAGAUGAGGAAGAGGAUGAGGAAAGCUAUCAGGCCCGCAGAAGAGGAGCAUCUGUGGAUGACUUCCUCAGGGGCUCAGAGCUGGGCAGGCAGCCUCAUUACAGUCACAGUGAAGAGUAUCAUACGGAAAGCAGUCGAGGGUCAGACCUCUCAGACAUCAUGGAAGAGGAUGAGGAGGAGUUGUAUUCUGAAAUGCAGCAUGAAGAAGGCAGGCGGCGAAACUCCCACAAUGCUCUCAAGACUGGAGGCAGCACUCUAUCUUCGGGUCAGCUGGAUCGGGAUUCAUACCGGAAGGCACCUCACCGAGGUCCUCAACCCCAACGCCGACCCCUCACGGUCCCAUCUAUUGAGAUAACCACUGAGAGUAACAGUGAAGGGAACCUCUCUCCCGUCAAGGAGGAUGUUUACUAUGGCAGUGUAGCGCGGCACAGGACAUGGUCCUCCCGGAGGCACGGGGGACGCAGGCCUCCCUAUGAUGGAUACCGUGACCGAAGCCGGCGCUCUCCCCCAUAUUACGAUGAGUCCGAGCAGGAGGAUUUCCGAAUCUUUGUGGCGCUGUUUGACUAUGACCCUCUCUCUAUGUCCCCGAACCCUGACGCCGCUGACGAGGAGCUCCCUUUUAAAGAGGGACAGAUAAUCAAGGUAUAUGGCGAUAAGGAUAAUGAUGGCUUUUAUCGUGGGGAGAUCCGGGGCAGGUCUGGACUUAUCCCCUGUAACAUGGUGUCGGAAAUCCGUGCUGAGGAUGAUGAAACCAUGGAGCAGCUCAUGAAACAGGGAUUUCUCCCACUCAACACUCCUGUAGACAGAAUAGAACAAAAUAGGAGAGGUCGCCAUCCAGUGGCCACAAGAAGAAUGGUUGCCCUGUAUGAUUACGACCCCAGAGAGAGCUCCCCAAAUGUAGAUGUUGAGGCUGAACUGACAUUCUGUGCUGGAGAUAUCGUUGCUGUUUUUGGAGAUAUAGAUGAGGAUGGCUUUUAUUAUGGUGAGCUUAAUGGACAUCGGGGCUUGGUUCCAUCCAACUUUCUUGAAGAAGUGCCUGAUGACGUGGAGGUCUAUCUGACGGACACUCCCUCUCACCAUGGUCAGGACGAGUCCAAUCCGGCACCGGCAGCACGUCCAGAGGCCAAACGGGUGCCUGUGGAAAGAACAGUGCCAGCUCCGGCCCCAGGAAGACCCGCCUCACCCACUGUGCGUCCGUUGCUUCCUGUUGGCCCAGUCAGGCCGCUGAGCCCCGCCAGGGGUCCACGAGACCUGGCAUCUAAAAAGAAAAAAGGACUGCUCUCUAAGGGGAAGAAACUGCUCAAAAAGUUCUCAAAGUAAAAGUAUGAGUUUGAUUUCAAAUUCAUAUGGCUAAAACAGCAUACAAAUUUCUCUCAAAAGGGAAAUCGCAAGUCCCUGAUGCUUCAGAAAAGUCUUUUCCUCACAAAAAAAAAA